UUUAUUCAUUAUUAUUCGAAUUACAACCCCUACGCUUUAAGUUUCUCAAAUAAGGACCUGAUUAGCUCCCCAUUACUGAACCUCUGAACAAGAUAACAGCUAAAAAGAUUGAAAGUCACUUCCGGCAGCAAUGAUUUGGCGGUUUAUUUUGCUAAUAUUGCUGUUCUCAGGGAUAUCCGCGCCUGCAACUCUAACGGCAACAAGAACAGAAAACCGAUCAACGGGAGAAGCGAGUGGCAUUUUCUGGCCUGACGCAGCGGUGGAAGCUGAGGAUGGAGGAGACCUUCUCCCGACGGCCGAGGACGAGUUCUUCGGCGGAUUUUCUGACUUGCAGGGAAUGUUGCAGUGGGCAAUAGGACAUUCUGAUCCAGCAAAAUUGAAGGAAACAGCUCAAGGUGUUCAAAAGUUGUCUUCUGAGGAGCUAAGAGCCCGCCAAAUAGAAUUACAGGAAUUCAUGGAGAAGAAUCAAUUGCCAUCAGAUGCAAAGUUAAUGCAGAUUGCAAUAGAUGACUUGAAAAAUUCAUCCGUGUCUUUGGAGGACAGAUUUCAUGCUUUGAAUGAGCUGUUGGAACUUGUUGAGCCAAUAUAUAAUGCAAACGAUUUGCACACUAUUGGAGGCCUUACUGUUGUAAUUGGAGAGCUUAGUCAUUCAGAACCAGAAAUAAGGACUCUUGCAGCUGAGGUUCUUGGCAAGGCCAGUCAGAAUAACCCGAGCAUUCAGAAGGAGGUACUUAAACUUGGGGCUCUGGAAACCCUGGUGAAAAUGGCAAAGGCGUGUUCUAUUGAGGAAGCUACAAAAGCACUCUAUGCUAUUUCGGCAUUAGUUAGAAAUAAUUUAGACGGCCAAACCCAAUUCUAUCAGGAAGCUGGAGAUGCUGUGCUUAUGGAUAUUAUCAACAAUUCAACUUUAGACAAAAGGCUACACAGGAAAUCAGUUUCUCUUGUUGCUGACCUGGCUGAAUCUCAAUGGGGAAGCGAAAGUAAAGAAAAGCUGCAUUUUUUCGCCAAUCGUUAUUUCUUGAAAUCCUUGGUUGAUUUAGUAGUUUCGAAUGACCUUGAUCUCCAAGAGAAGACUCUUUAUGCAAUUAGAAACAUGUUACUCCUACAAUCAACUGAUGGUCUGGUUUUCAAAGACUUCUGCAAAUUGGACGUGGCACUUGAACAGAUGAGACUGCAGUUGCUGCAACUAUCGGAGGAAGAAAACCACAGAGAGUAUGCAGCAGACAUGGAAAGUCUUCGAAAAGAAGUAGAGCAGACUUUGUUUCAAAAACUUGAAAAGGUUACCCAAGUUCCUACGUGAUUGGGUGAUUUUGAAAGCAUUGCAUAGUUUAAUGCACGUGUGAGAGCAUGCUUGGCACAAAAGAGAUUUUUUUCAUUCAUCAAUGCCAAAAAAGGAAGACAAAUUCAGCCUCGUGAUUCAGUAUAUAUAUUUUGUUUUCUGGCAAAAUAUAGUACGGUUUGGUUGUGGAGCAUUUUUUGUUUCCAUAUUUCAUGUUCUUUUCACCAGACUAAUAUUUGAUAGACUUUACUAUGUGCUGUAUUUGUGCUCUAAUCUUGUCAACAUAGAAUUAUGCGUAGUAUAAUCAUUAUAGACACGAUGAAAGAAUUAUUAGUCCCUCGCAAAAAAGAAAGGAAGUAUUAUUGGUCACUACUAUAAAUAGGGGUCUCAGUUGAGAGGAAAGGGAAGAGAAUUUUCAGACGAAGAAACGCUGCAGAAUAGCUCUGAAGAACUCCCGAAAGGCUCUGAACGAUUCCGAAGAAGAGGAGUAGACCAAGCCACGAAUUUUAUUAAGAAUGUAUGAAUAAUCCUUUGUGAUUUCAUCGAUUCUUGAUAAAAUAAAUCCAAAAGUUGAAGAACGUUCGAAGAUCUGAAGAACGAAGCUUGAAGAUUUGAAGAUCGGAAGAACAAUGCUUUGAAGAUUCGAAGACCUGAAGAACGAAUCUUUGAGGAUUUGAAGAUAUUCAUAUGAAGAUUGAGUCAAGAUUCAAUUGAAGACCAAGCCACAUAUCCCGGGAGGCUCUUAAACAGAAGAUCAAGCCACAAAACGGCCCUUUUGUUGAAGAACAAGCCACUUGAAAACCGGAGGCCCUUCAAGCUGAAUUCUUAAAUCAAGAAUAUUUGAAGAUUCAAAGAACGAAGAUUCGAAGAUUCAAAGAACAAAACUUUGAAGGUUUGAAGAUUCGAAGAACGAAGGUUCGAAGAUUUGAAGAUCUGACGAACGUUCGAAUAUUUGAAGAAUUAAAGAUUUAAUUUUGAAUUAAUUUCUUUAAUUAUAUUUAUUUCAAAUUGCAAGUGAAGAAUCAAAGGAUUCAUAUUUAGAGAUUGUACCCAAUAUUCUCACAUAUUAUUAUUUGCGAUCAAUUUUAAGUAAAUACUUAAAAUUUGUUUCACA